AACAAACAACCCAUCAAAACAUCUUACAAACUCAUCAACAUAUUCUACUUCACCAUGAAGUUCUCCAUUGCAACCCUCGCAGCUGUCAUCGCAGCUUCGGCUCCCACCGUCAUGGCCGACUCAUGGCAGUGCAACGGCUCCUGGAACGACGGUGGUCUCAAGCGACUUUCCUUCCUGUUCGAUGGCUACUGCGAGAACCAAUCUGGCCAGUGCUUCCUCUCUGCCCUACGAGGCAAGGGACUCACUGUGCACAACUGGCAGGCCUGGGAUAGAGGCGAUGGUUGGUGGCAGGUUGACUUUAGCACUACUGCUGGACUUGCCUGGCAGGCCAACAAUGCUAUUGAGCAGGUUACUGGCUCUUGGCGUGGCUGCUGGCCCAACCAGUAAAUUCGGGCCUUUAAUUCCAAGUCAGGAAGAGAUAUCAGGGUUUUCUUGGAUGGGUUCGAUAACUUGGUGUUGGAUUAGUAGGCAGUUACAGGUAGCAUGAGUUGGGUAUCAAGUCAAGAUGAUAGUUGUUAUACAAUGUCGCAGCUAGAAAGUUCUCUUACCUCGUAAAUACCAGACAACGAUUCUCAUUGA